GUGUACAGCCGUAUGUGCGUCCCGACAGCACCACAAAUGGCCAUCGUCGGUUGGGAUACCCCUUCGAUAUUCACGGGUUGGAUGGGGAGGGUGGGGAUCAGCCAAGAAUCGCUCGAAACCCUCUGGGCGCGCCCGGACUUUACCGUCAAUCAAGUGUGGGAGGGCUGGUUGACGUGGCAGCCGGAUACGGAAUCGUAUGUCGUCGACAACCCGGACCGUCUCCGAGGUGGAGUAGAGCAGAGGCGGAUCGACAAGUUUCUCGAAAUUGUGCCAUGGAUGCCCGAUUGGAGCGCACCGAUGGAGACGGAAGGCAUCGCCGACGGGCGAACCCUUUCCACCCUAUUCAUUAUCACAAAAAUCGGGAGUUACUGCCUAACGGCGAGUUCGCGACGAAUUGGAGACACGGCGCCGGAUUUGGGAUGCUAUGUGAGAUGCCGGGUCAGCUUCAACAAAAAUCUGAACUCCGGCAAGGUACUGGAAUACGAGGUGCUCCCAUUGCCGACGAGGACGAUUGAAAUGGAUUGGAUUGGAUAUCUUAUCAAGUUCCACGCCCUGUUCCAAGUCGUUCGCCACGGACCGCACGGACUCGAGCUCCGGAAUCCGAUUUUGGGAAUGUAUGUGGACGAGAAGCAAAGGCUUGGCGACCCCGACAUCGGGAGUUUGGUUGAACUCGCCAUAAUGCACCACAAGGACAAGGAGACCGGGAAAACCGCGUGGCGGGUACCG